AUGGAAGAAAGACAAAGCUUUGUUAAAUCUGUCAGACUAGAUAAGAAAAUGACUAUUAAGUUGAAUAAUACUUUUGACCCAGCAAAUGAGAAGCAUAAGAUUUUCUUUCCUUCAGAAAAGGAAGUUAAUUCAGAUCCUUUUAGCUUUAGGCUUCAUAAUGUUGCUGAAAGAGUGCAUUCUGGAACAAUUGGUGAAAUUCUAGAACUUAUCGAGAAAUGAGAACCCCAAAUAGAGAAAUACAAAGGAAAGUUGGAAGCAUUCUUGGAAAAUGACAAUGAAUUUAAUGGCACAGAAGAAAGCGAUAUUGAGUUUAUAAAUCAAUGAAAUUGGAAGAUUGAAUCUUAUAUACUCCUCUUUCUUGUCUUUAAGAUCAACUUGAAGAUUAGAAAAGCAAAAGAAGAUGAUCCUUCCAUCUCUAGUGAAGAUUUUAAGCCGAUUGAAGAUAUAAUCCAAGCUGAAAUAGAUAAGACUGAAGGAUUUGAUUCAACUGAAUGCAUUAUGGAACGUUCAAUUGAACUGCAGGAUGUAUUCCCUCAUUUUCUAACCGAAGAAAUUGAGAAGUUUGUUCAUGGAAAGAAGUACAUCUGUAUCCCAGCAGUGAAGAUUACACUCAAAGUCUUGGAAAGAGUGUUGAUGCAGCUCAAGAUAAAUAUGAAUCUUGUUAAAAUGAAUAACAAUAAGAAUUACCCUUUUAAGAAUGUUCUGAUCUACACAAUGAAAUGCUGAAGGCUAUUUGAUUUCCUGUUCAGUGCAGCCCUUGAUGAUGAGAAUGAUAUACUUUACAAGAAUAAGUUAAAUGAAGAAGCUGACCUGCUUCUUGAUUGCCUUGAGUUCUCCACUCCAAAAGAUGUUAAAUUACAUAGAAAGAACUUGUUGACCGGGCUCAACAAUAUGAACUACUUCAUUGCUGUGGCUAAUCAAGGAUUUAAAGAUGAAGGGUUCUUUGCGAGAUGUACUAAGGCUCUAAGCUGGGCUUUUUACUAUAAGGAUAAAGAAGAGCUAUACAAAGUAGACUCCCAAGCUACUCUGACAAUGCUUCAUAAGGACAGAUGGGCAAAAGUAAUGGAUAUUGUGAGGAAUCACUAUAUUAAGAAAAGGAUAAAUGCUAAGGAUACUAGCUUUAGUAUUGGUCUUAAUACCUUGAUCUAUAUCCCAAAUUACCCUGAGGAUCAGCUGACGACAGCUAAUAUUGAAGAUAUCAGCCCUCCAAAUAUGAUGACACAUAGCUUAGAUCUUCCUUUCUCAGUUGGUCUUGACGUUGAUUAUGAUCAUGAUAGACAUAUCCAGGUUAGAGUCGUUGCUAAUGAUGAUUGGAACAGAGUUAACUGGUAUUAUGGGAAUGUUAUUGAUCCUAGUCUAGAUCCAGUUUAUUAUGAAGCCAUUAUCAUCCAUCUUCACGGAGGAGGAUUUAUAUUAGGAUCUUCAGGAGAAGCUCAGCCAACUAUUAUAAGGUUUUGUAAAGAUACAGGAUAUCCAAUAUUCUCAGUAGAUUAUAGACUAGCUCCCGAGUAUAAAUACCCAUCUGCUAUCAGUGAUUGAUUCCUUGUAUAUUGAUGGUUCAGAACUUAUGCUGAAAAAUACCUCAGAAUUAAAUUUGGAAAAAUCUUACUAUACGGAGAAUCUGCUGGAGGAAACUGCCUCCUAGGGGUAACCUCGUUAUGAAUCCAAAAAGGAAUAGAGCCUCCAGAUGGUAUCACAAGUGUCUAUGCUGCAAUUGGCUGAGGAAUGAAUAUUUUCUCUCCUUCUCUUUUAUUUUCGCUUGAUGAUCCGAUUCUGAAUGCCUCGUUUUUGAGCAUAUGUUGCCAAGAGUAUGUUGAUGAUGAGACUCAUCUCAAGCAACAUUAUACUCUUUCCCCCAAGUUCAUUCCAAAAGAAAUUUUGAAAAAAUUCCCUCCAAUCAGAAUGAUUAUAUGAGGCUUAGAUCCUUUGAGAGAUGAACAAAUUAGAUUUGUUUACAAAUGCGCCUCAUUUGAUCUGAACAUUCAUGCAACAGAGUACAGAUAUCUUACCCACAUGUGUUUGGGACACAACCAGGAGCCAUAUAAACUUAAAGAAGCAUCAAAGUUUUUGGAGCAAAUUUCUUACUAUAUCUCCGAACUUGGUAAGAUGCAUUAACUUGUUCCAAUUACUCUAUGACUAUUUUGUGCUUUAAUAAUCUCUAGUCUAAGUUUUUGAUAUC